GCCCUCCCCCCGGUCCUCUCUCCCGUCAUUCGCCCGGUCGAGAACCAGGUGCCUAAAAAAUCAUAGCUGUACCUACCUAAUGUAUCAUACAAACCGGUCUGUGACACGAAUGGACUAAUCCCAUUCACCUUUCUAUUUGUUGUCCGUCGUAGUUUGCACGAGAAAUAACUCUCCCAACUACCUUCACCUUCCUCCCUACCCUUUCUUACUCUUCUCAGCUACUGUGCGUAAAAUCUUGGCCACGGAGCAACUUUCACCACAUUGGGUUUCUGCACACGCACAACAUUGCAAUUAUAAACGACAGCUUUCAUCACAGCUUAUGACAGCUUGAGAUUUUCGUAUUAUUCACUCGUUAUUCAUGAUUUUUCAUCCCAAGUCAUCUUGUUCUCCACUCCGUUAUUCUACUUUGUAGCUUUUGACAUCACAGUCGAACACAAACACUCUAGACGGUCAUAAUCAUGGCCCCUAAAUCCACCUCUAACGUCCGAAAGGGCGUCGACGACAUGGUUCACGACAAGGCCUCAAGUAAGGUAGCUCGUCGUGACAGCAAGCGUCGUACCAAGCCGCGCCGCCGUUUCUCGGUACCCAACCACUUUCGACCUCUACACCAGAAGUCUACACGACGUGAGCGUAGGCGAUCUGAGAGACGCCAAUCUGGCACUAUCUCCGGUCCAAGUACCCCCAAGGCUACUAAGUCUCAGGUAAAGCCUCGACCAACCUCACUACCCGCCGAGACUUCAAAGUCUCUACAGUCCAGCAGCCGCAAACACGAGAAGGCUCAUGACUCAGCUAAGAAGCCAGAAUCCAAGCACAUGAGCGCACCCCCCUCCCUCCCCCUUCCCCAACCCCAGCUCAAUGACAUGUACGGCUACAUGCACCAACGCCGCUCCAACAACCGCCCCUCCCCGCGCGAAAUGAUAGCCAAAGCCCAAGCCGCAAAACAAGCCGCGGAAGCCAGCGCAUCAGGUCAAACCCAACUCCAACCCCCUCCUCCACCCCCGCGUCCUCACCACGUCGAGCUGCGUUACCAGAACCUACAGCAGCAUCUCCGCAACAUCGAAAAAGCGGAAGCAGACGCUAAGCAACGAAGUCUUGCGGAGCAACGCGCUAAGAAACGACCCUUGCCUUGGGAGAAACAGGAGAUUGAUUACUUCAAUUUCAAGUCGUACUACCACCUACCGGUCCCGGAGCACUUGAAGAAACAGAUCCCGCAGGAACAGUUACCCCCCGCACAACUCGGGGAUGCCGCGCGUGAGGAGUGGACGCGUGGGAUGAAGGAACACGGACACGGACAAAAAGGCAAGGGCAAAGAGAAGGAAAUGCUUACCGUUGCCGGGGACGAAGACCGCGAGUUUGUGCUUAACCGAAGUUUUCAAAACUCGCAGAUCAUGGCGAACCGUACGGCGAAGAGGAUGGCAAAGGUUGCUGCUGAGAUUAAGAUGAUUGAGGCUAUAGCUAAGGCGAAGAUGUUGAAGAAGAUUGAGAAGGCGACGAAGACUCAGGAGUUCAAGGAGUGGAAGGAAGCUUCUAAGAUGCAGAAGAUACAGGCUACGUACGCGGACGUCGCCGCCCGAGCACACGCCGAGGCAUCAGCAUCGGCAUCAGCUACAGCACAAGUACCAGCACAAGCACCAGCACCGGUAGAAAACGAGGUAGCCGAAGUAAACAUGGCCCUCGAGGCCGCAGCCGCCGCGCGAGAGAAGCGUGGACCAGAGGGACGCCGUCGAAGAGUUAGACGCAAUGAUAGCAAGUAUGACCGUCGAACCGUUACACAGAUCGGCGAUGAGCAAGCCACCCAAGAGGAAGUUCAACCCGCUACCAAGACAGUCGAUGCAGAGCAGAGUCAACGCAACCGCAGUUACAUCGAGACAUACCGCCACAACGGUAGCAGCAGCAACGCGGGCGGUGUCUGUGGAUGUGGAAGUGCUUACGACGCCGAGUUCGAGUACCUCAGGUCCAUUUAUCCGGGCCCGACCCCAGAGCAGGAGCAAUCGAAGCCUAAGAAGAAAGGACUGUGCGGUUAGGUGAAGCGCAUCCUUUCGGGUAGCUUUGGCAAGCACGGACGUAAGAAUUAGGAAGGAGGACACGAGGAUAUGAGAAGAGGGAU